CGUUCCGCGCUUUAUAAGCUGCGCGCGUAGGCUUUUCCUCUUACAGCAGCACCAGUUACCAGCCCAGUCUACACUGCAUUUAACUGUUACAGCAUCUACAGCUGAAGAUGGCCUCCACAAAAGAGAAACUCAUUGCUCACGUGAGUAAGGAACAGCCCGCAGGGCCCACGAACAAGGUGACGGUGGUCGGAGUGGGAAUGGUGGGAAUGGCUGCCGCCAUCAGCAUCCUCCUGAAGGAUCUGACUGAUGAACUCGCCCUGGUGGACGUGAUGGAAGAUAAGCUGAAAGGAGAGGUUAUGGACCUGCAGCAUGGAAGCCUCUUUCUCAAGACACACAAGAUAGUGGCGGAUAAAGACUACAGUGUGACGGCAAACUCCAAACUGGUGGUUGUGACUGCUGGAGCCCGUCAGCAGGAGGGCGAGAGCCGCCUCAACCUCGUCCAGAGGAACGUCAACAUCUUCAAGUUCAUCAUCCCCAACAUCAUGAAGUACAGCCCCAACUGCAUCCUCCUGGUGGUCUCAAACCCAGUUGACAUCUUGACUUACGUGGCCUGGAAGUUGAGCGGUUUGCCCAGGAACCGUGUGAUCGGCAGCGGCACAAACCUGGACUCGGCUCGUUUCCGUUACCUGAUGGGAGAGAAGUUGGGCAUCCACUCAUCCAGCUGUCACGGUUGGGUGGUCGGAGAACAUGGAGACUCCAGCGUUCCCGUGUGGAGCGGCGUCAACGUGGCUGGUGUGUCCCUUCAGAGUCUGAACCCUGACAUAGGAACCGAUAAAGACGAGGAGGACUGGAAGAGCGUCCACAAGAUGGUGGUUGACAGUGCAUAUGAGGUUAUUAAACUGAAGGGUUACACUUCCUGGGCGAUUGGUAUGUCUGUUGCUGACAUGUGUGAAAGCAUCUUGAAGAACUUGCACAAGUGUCAUCCAGUUUCUACUUUGGUCAAGGGAAUGCAUGGUGUGAAUGACGAGGUCUUCCUCAGCAUACCUUGCAUCCUGGGUAACACUGGCCUGACAGAUGUUGUCCACAUGACCCUCAAACCAGACGAGGAGAAGCAGCUGAUGAAGAGCGCCGAGACCCUGUGGGGCGUUCAGAAGGAGCUGACCCUGUGAACCGCCACCUUGUCCAAAAUGUAGCCAGUGUCACAAAGUACAAACCUCAAUGAGUCCUGCCUCAAUGAGUCCAAUCUCCUGACUUCAUAAACCUCACUGCUUUUAACCAUUAGAAAGCCAGUCUCGGACCUUUAGAUUGUAACACUCCUUAUUUUAGAGGUUUUAGCUGCAGAGGGGAAAUCGUUUAUUCCUUUUGUCUUUACAGAGAUCAUCAACCCUUUGUAAACGUUUGUGUCUAUGUGCGUACUAUUGUUAUUCGAGAAAGAAGCACUUGCGAGUAGGAUGAUGUGCAAUUUGAGUAUUUUAUUCCUAUCUGAGGUCAGCUAGCAUUCCGUACUUGCAUCACGCUAAUGAUAAUUUCACCAAGACCAACACGUAAAAUCAAAGCUGUUUCAGUUUUAUAAAAUAUCAUUGUGUUUACAUGUUCUAUAAAACGAUAACUUUCAAAAAAUAGCUCAAUAUACAAACUUGUCGACGCCAAGUUCAAUUGUUACAGUACAUUAAAUGUGACUGCUAAUGUCAGGCUGGUUGUAAGUGAUUUUAAAUUGUCACGUUGAAAUUAAUGCUUGGAAUGAUUUUGCGAUCAGAAUUUCUACAUGAAAUGAGACAAUUAACCGAAAAAUGGCUUACACAAUGAUUUUGAAUUGUCGAGUGGAAUGUGACAAUUGACAUUAUUUAACAAAUUAUUUAGAAAUUGGUGGUUGAGCUGUAUGUAAUUGUUCAAUUUGUAUUAAAAUUGCUUUAAUUUCUUUUUAUUUAAUGAAUUAAUUUAAAGUAAUUUUAAAGUAAUUAAUUUAAAGUAAGUGUUAAAAACUACUUGUAAUUGGUGCAAGUAUGUAUGUAUGCAUCAGCUGGAAACAAAAUGCUGUUGUCGUAUUUUUAUUUCCGUUAGUGUUGGUCCAUGAGAACGGCGCACUCCAGCCGAGUGGUAAAUGCACAGCGUUGGUUAUAGCCGUUACUUGAAGCUUGUGACUGUACAAUCGAGAUGCAGCCUGUAACCAAAUAAACAAUGUGACUAACUACAAAA